AAACAGAAAUAUUCCCCAGACGAAAUCGGUGCGGCCUAUGCACUUCUUGCGCUAAGCAGUUCAACCUCAGCGCCUCCACCAUGUUAUAAGACAGUUAAGCCUGUUAAGCCUGGAACAAAUGCGUCAAGUACUGCAACGGAUGAUAAGCAGCUACCUUGUGCAUCACAGACUCCUAACCAGUCCACCCCGCAGAUACAUUCUUGUCAAGUAUCACCGCUUGCUGAACUGAACAGCUUUGUUGCUGUGGUUCUUCCAAAUGAAGAUGAAAAAUGCCCUCUCAAAAAUGAAAUGCACUCGACUUCUCUGCCAGUAAGUUUGCUUUUCGUCUUUACAAAACCAGCGUAUACUGUGUUUAGAGCUUCAAGAAGUGUCUCAAAGCUAAAGGGAAAAAUACGGACUUUCAAGCCGUUUUUCUUAUAUUCUAACUCCUAACCUUAACGUAAAGGCACAACUUGAGAAAUAUGUUUUCGUAUAUUUUGAUCAGGAAGGGCUUUAAAUAGCUUCUUUUUUUAUGAAAACAAGAAAUAAAGCACUCAUGUAGAAUACAAACAGCCCAGUGAUAACACGAACGACAAUGGAUAAUUUUCAAAAAUGGCUCAUUUUUUAUCUCGAGAACUCCAUCUCUGUUUAGCUAGUUGUUGAGUCACAUCAUAGUGAUCCUCAUCUCGCACCAGAAUGACGCAGGCAAUCACAUGUAAGUUUUGGUGUCAAAGCUUCUUUCGAUCGUCAAAUAAUAAUCUUUCGAAUCAUUAGAAGAUUCCAGGGAAACCGUCCACCGACUUCUCUCCUAACCCAACGUGAACGAUAGCUUCUCACUAAGGGCAAAAGGUUGGGUUAGGAAGGGGUGGGUAAGCAACUCCCCACCAAUUCCUCCCCUAACCCUUAAACCUGAGGGCAAGGCUGAUCGGACAGCUAUGGAUGGGUAAUUUUUUGUCCAAUAUUUAGGUUAGGCAAAACUAACCUGCAUCGGGGGCUAGAAAAGCUAAGUGAGAAAAGAAUAAACGGUUACAAUUUUUAAAAUAAUACAAAAAUCAAAUGUGAUUUGUGGAGAGAGACAAUAGAAGUCAAACUCGCUUCUCACUAAGGGCAAAAUGUUGGGUUGCGGGUGGGGGGUGAAGCGGGGGAGGGUGACCGGUGAGUGAGCACUCCCCACCAGCUCCUCCCCUAACCCAACGCUACCCCACGUUGACACCAGCUGUUCUUUGAGGGCAAAAUGUUGCCUCAGGGUAGGGGUGGGUGGACAAUUCCCAUAUCCUUGCAGGUUUUACAGCCUAUUUUCUCUACUGUUCUAUUUCAGGGCGAUUUUACUGUCUGGAGGUGUGGAAACCACGGCGUUUGGGCCUGUCAGCAGUGCUUCCAUGCAGUCAAUCCAUAA